CUGAAUGUUUUAUCAAAGUUUUAUUAUGGAUAUGAGUUAUAUUUGAAAAAUAAUAAUUUUGCGAUUUUUUUAUGUUGUGAACUGACAAAACAUUUAUUUUCCUAGUUCUAUAUUAAGGAAGCUGAACUAUAUUUCAAAUUAAUAUUUGAUUAUUACAGACUUUUAUACUAAGGAAUUAUUUCCAUUUCACUUGAAAUGUGAACACCUUAUAAUUAUUGCUCUUUUUAAAUGGGGAAACAUGCACAAUGGAGAAGAAUAGCAAAAAAAUUGAGACGAAAACGAAUACGUCAAAAAAAUGCACAGGAAAGAGAUUUAAUUGAAAAAAGAGUGCAGUUAGAAAAUGAAAAAUCACCAAGUUUUCGUGAACGGUUAGAAAAUGAAGAAAAAGCUGAAAUACUUCGAUUACAAGAAGAGCAGAGAAUUCAAGAUGAAUUAGAAGCAAAAUGGCUUGAAACAGAACGGAUCGCUCAAAUAGAAUGGAAGGAACUGCAGAUUAAAUUGGAGCAAUUCAAAAAGGAGAGAGCUAGACAAAAUGCCAAAAUAAGAGAAGAAUUUGAAUUAGAGAAGAAAAAGUUGAGGGAAGCAGAGGAAACCAGAAAAAAAGAAAUUGAGGAAAAAAUUAAACAACAAGAAUUGUUGCAAAAAGAAAUAGAUAAUUUUGCUAAUUAUGGAGGAGAAGUUCCAGAGCAUUUAAAAACUGAUUUGCAUUCUAAUCCUGGGAAGACAAUUUGUCCAUUUUUUCAUAAAACAUCGGCUUGUAGAUUUGGUGAUACAUGUUCAAGAAAUCACGUUCGACCAGGAAUCAGUAGAAUAAUAUUGAUUCAAAAUUUUUAUUCACAUUACUGUCUUGAACAAACCGAAAAUGAACAUGGAAACAGUGCACUAGAAUUCGAAAAUAAUGAGCUUUAUUCACAUUUCAAAAACUUUUUUUACGACAUAGUACCUGAGAUAGAAAAGUUCGGUAAUAUUAAGCAAGUUGUCGUGUGCUGUAACACUGAAAUCCACCUAAGAGGCAAUGUUUAUGUGGAAUAUAGUUCUGAGAGAGAAGCACUAGUAGGUUUGAAAUCGCUGAAUGGAAGAUGGUAUGCGGGAAAACAACUGAGUGUGCAGUUUUCUUCUAUAUCCUCCUGGAAAAUGGCUAUUUGCGGCUUACACCAUAUAAAUAAAUGCCCUAAAGGAGGUUGUUGCAAUUUUAUCCAUAGAUUCUUGAACCCAAAACAAUUAUACAGUGGAUUCAAUGAGAGAUUUCGAAGAUCUCCUUCAAGGACAGAAUCUCAGAUCAGUGCAAGAAGAGAUUGGAGAUGGUCAGAAUCUCCAGAGCAUGAAAAUGGUAAUUCGGAUUGGGAAGAUACGGCUCAUUCCAAUAAUGCAUCUGUUUCUGAAGAGAAUGAAAGAAAAGUACAUAGUAGAAGAGAAUAUUCAUCUGAAAGAGGUUCCCGCAGAUCCCAAAGGGAUUUUUCUAAUACAAGAAAAAAACGUAAAAGAUCACAUUCGCGGUCUAGAAGAAGAAAAAGAAGUGAAAAAUCAUACAACGGAAAUCAUGAAGAAAGAAGGGAUAAUUCAAGUGGAAAAAGAAAACCCAGAAGUCGUAGAAGAGAUACUUCAAGCUGAUUCAAUUCAAAUUUAAACUAUAUACAUUUUUUAAAUGUUAGUAUCAAUUCAUAAAACAGAAUGUUGUAAAUAUAUGUAUAAUGAAGUAUAUCAUAAGAAAUUAUGAAUAAAGAAA